GUCAAACAAUAUCAACCACAACAACAACCAGCAGAAAAUGAUCGAAAACUUCGUCCAGUGUUUGAAUAUCUUGAUAAUGGUAGCUAUAAAAAAGCAUUACAAGAAAUUGAUAAAUUAUUAAAGAAAAAUCGUAAUCAACAAUAUGUACGUGCAUUAAAAUCAUUAACAUUAGUUCGGCUUCAUCGUAGAAAAGAAUCAAUGGAAAUUCUUAAUGAAUUACAUGCUGAAAUGCCGGCCGAUGAAAUGAUAUUGCAGACAAUGUCAAUGUGUUAUCGUGAAAUACAACGAAAUGAUUUGAUAACAACAUUAUAUGAGAAUGCAUUGAAAAAAGAUUCAACAAAUGAAAAACUUUUUGCUCAUCUAUUCAUGUCAUAUGUACGAAUGAAUGAUUAUAAAAAACAACAAAUAACCGCAUUGAAUCUAUAUAAAGUGCAUCAAAAAAAUCCUUAUUAUUUUUGGGCAAUAAUGAGUAUCUACAUGCAAGCUAUGUCAGCUGAUGAUGAAACAAUGGCCAAUAAGAUUAUUUUACCAUUGGCAGAAAAAAUGUGUGAAAAAUUCUAUAAAGAAAAUCGUUUUGAAUCCGAUUCAGAAUAUGACCUUUAUCUUAUGGUGUUGGAAGCGCAGAAAAAUUAUUCAAGAAUGAUCACCAUAAUGGAAGAACGAGAAAUGAAACGAAAAAUUAAUAAAAAAUCUACUGAUCAUUUUAAUUAUCAACUAGAACAGAAAGCGAAAUUAUUACGAAAUGAAUCACGUUUAAUUGAAUGUUUUGAUUGUUAUGAACGUUUAAUAAACGAUAAUAAUGAUCAAUAUGAAUAUUAUAUUGAUGCAUUUACAUUGGCCUUACAAUUGGAUGAUCAACAACGUGAUUCGAAUUCGAAUACAGAAUCAUUACAUAUGGUUCGUUUAUUGAAAUUAAUGCAACAGAUGUGUAUUGAAGGUAAAACUAGUGUAUGGAAAAUGUAUGAUGAAGAUAAACAACAAUCGAAUGAUUCAUUACAUAAAAUGGUCACUGAACGUUGUCCACGUAGUCCAUUUAUAGCAAGAAUUAUUAUAUUCAGUAAACUUUUGAAUGAUAACCAAGAUAAUCAUCCAUUGUUUCAACAUUAUAUUCAAGAAAAUCCAUUGAUCAAUCCUAUUGAUUUAUGUGUAGAAUAUUUUGAAAAUUUUGGUUCCAAAUAUGUAUGCAUCAAAGAUUUAAUAUUCAUUCUGAAAAAUAUCAAAAUGGAACGAAAUAAAAUUAACGAACUAUUGAUGCGAAUGAAAUUUCUGGUAACAAAACUUAAUGAUGAUGAUCAUCAUCAUCUUGUGUCGGAUAAGAAUUUAAACAUGAGCUUAUGUUAUAAUUAUAUUGAACAUUAUUGUCAAGAAAAAUUCAUUGAAAAUAUUAAUGAUCGUCGUCGUGAUGUUGAUAAUUUCAUCAAUAAUAACUAUGAACAACAACAUUUUACCAAUAAUUCAUCAUUAAUCUAUUUGAUUGUAUUGAAAACAUUGGCCAAUACCGAUAUUUAUCAAACGAACAUUGAUGAUGAUGAUCAUCAUCAAUGUUUAAGUCAAACAAUAUUUGAUUUAAUUAUUAUUAUUGAAUCAUAUUUAUUACAAAAUCGAAAUGAUUUUUAUGCCAAAUUAAUAUUGGUAUGCCUUUAUAAUGCAAUCGGUGCUGCCUUUUCUAGUCUUAAUUUAUAUGAAUUAAUGGAAAUUAAAUUGAUUCAGAAUGAAACACUUGGUUAUCAUUUUUUUCCAUCAUCAUUACAUUGUGCAUUGUUUCAAAAGGCUCAACAAUUUCUUAAUUCUAGUUACAAAUUUUAUAGUUAUAAUUUUAAAGAGGCAUCUGAUUCGAUACUUACAUGCUAUAAAAAUGGUUGCUUUGCCAAGAUUGAAGAGAUUUUAAAUUUCAAUUCAAAAUUAAAGAAUUCAAUCUGUUAUCAUUUAACGUUUGUGGAAAGAUUUUUCAAUGAUUUACUUUUAGAUUGUAAAAGUGAAAAUUCUUUUAGUCAAUUUGCUUAUAUUCUUUUUUUGGAAAUUUUUCGUUCCAAAGAUUUUGUUAUUGAUAUCAUGAAAAUUUGUGAUAAUCGUGAUUUAAAAAUUCUAAAUCCAUAUCAUUAUCAGAUGGAUUUAUAUGUGGAAAAUGUAUUGAAAAAAACAACACUUGAACAGGAAAAACAAUGGUUAUUGUAUCGAUAUAAUGUAUUGAAAAUGAUUGCACUUGGACAUUUUCUUUCGAAAAAAUUAUGGUCCGAUGAUUGUGUACUAAUGAAUAAUAAUACUAAUAAAGAAUCGAGUGAAAUAACAAAUCACGUUAAUCAUGAUGAUGAUGAUAAUCAAACGGAUUUUGAUCAUCUGAAUGUUGAAAUGUUUGAAAAUUUACUUGAAAAUUCUGCAAAACAAUAUGAAUAUUGUAUGGCUGAAAUUCAACAUGAUUUAAAAUAUUGUAUCGAAGGUCCACAGCCAUCAAGAUUGAUAACAUUUUUUGCCAGCCAAUUUCCACAACUUAUUCAACAUUUUUCGAAUGGAUUACUCCAGAUGUUUCGAUUCAAUUCUGGAUCAUUUGAUUAUAAUGAAAAAAAUUCUCCGAUUCAUGAUGAAAAUUUGUUCAACAAAUUGUCUAAAGAAAUUGACACUGUUAUCGAUGAAUGGAAAUGUAAUCAAACAAUGAAAGGUGCAUAUAAAUUAUUCGGUCGAAUAAGCGUAUGGAUAGAUGUGUUAAAUAUUGCCGUAUCAUUGUUUUCAUUAAUCAUCGAUGGUCAACGACGAUUGAAUAAAAUGAUGAAAAAAUUAAAAAAACGAUUGGAUGUGAAAAAAUUUCAAGAUGUUGAACAAUUUUCCAAUACAUUUGCAAUGGCCAUUACAUCGAUGCAUAUGAAUAUUGAUGGCUAUUUUAAAUCAAUUAUAACCAUUAUACAAGAAGUGGAAAUCAUACCAAUGGUCGAUUCAUAUGAAUAUAAAUUUUCAGAAAAAUUCAAUAUUUCCGAUACCGUUAUCGAUUCUGUACGAACAAAUGUACGAACAAGCUAUGAAAAAUCAUUAUCCGAAAUGUUACAAAUUCUGCAAAUGAAACAAAAAUAUUUAUCCUCUUCAAUGAAUCCUUCUCAAUGAUGAUGAUAACAAUGUUUAUUCUGAAA